UGCAACUUGCCAUCAAGGACCAGGGAAUGGAGAGUAACGGAAGUGGAAUGUGUGUGGAUAAGAGUGUAAAGUAGUACUUUCUCCCCCUUGCCAAACACAUAUAAUUAUAUUUGGACGUGUAUAUAAAUAUAUAUUGUAAAAUUAAAUAAAUUUAAUGUGAAUAAUUUUUCAUACUUUAUCUGCGAUACUUUCGGUAAAUAUACGAGACAUCUUAUAAAAGAAUAUGAUGUAACGUAGCGCUUAAUUGUAAACUGAGAAUAAUUAUUUUUUAAGUAAUUAUUCGAUUAGGGAUUUUAAAAAACGGCAUCCUCAGAUAAGCAACUUAAGAGGAUGGCCGAUACUGAUGAAUUGGAGAAUAUGGUAUUAAGUUUUCGGGUCUCUGAGCUUCAGAUGCUUUUAGGUUUUGCUGGUAGAAAUAAGUCUGGACGUAAAAACGAGUUACAAACACGUGCGUUAGAACUUUUAAGACUCAGAUCUCAUCCUGUACAACUUAAAAUUCGUGAACUUUACAAAACAAUACAAGCCGAUCAACUAGCAGCCCAUCAAAUGUACGGACAAUCUGGCGCUAGUAAUGAACCAUCAAUCGAUCAAAAUUUACAUCAACGAUCAGAUGAUUCAAGACAAAAUCAUAAUCCAUCAUGGGCUCGAGCAAUGCGAGCAAGGCCAACUCAACAACAACCAUCACCAACCUCAGUUUCAUCAAAAGAUUUACCACCAGCACACCAAGCUUCAAUGCCGCAAUCACAAGUUACUAGAUCUGCGGCAGCAUAUCAACCGACUACGUACAAUAGCGUAACAGCACAGCGAUCGAAUACGAGUGUAUAUCAGCCGUAUCCUUAUCCGUCUAAAGUACUUCCUCCUCCAAUCCAAAUUCAACAAUCUAGCCAAUAUCCCAUUCAUCCAGAUGUUAGAUUGAAAAAACUGCCAUUCUAUGAUUUAUUAGGCGAAUUAUUGAAGCCUUCAAGUUUAAUGCCUCAAGGCUCAAUACGAAUCCAAGACAACACAUUCCUUUUUCAUUUGACUCCACAGCAGGCUAAUGAUAUUGCCAACUCACGCGACUGUCGAGCUGGUAGUAGAAUGGAUUAUACAGUUCAAGUACAGAUGCGUUUUUGUUUACAAGAAACUUCAUGUGAACAAGAAGAUUACUUUCCUCCCGGCGUUGGUGUUAAAGUUAAUGGGAAACUUUGUCCAUUACCGAAUCCAAUACCGACAAAUAAAUCAGGAGUUGAGCCUAAACGGCCACCACGGCCAGUUAACAUAAGCCCGUUAGUGAAAUUAUCGCCUACUGUCAGUAAUCAAAUUCAAAUAACAUGGUCAGCUGAUUAUGGAAGAAGAUAUGCUGUAGCUGUUUACCUUGUUCGAAAACUAACCAGCUCAGAAUUGUUAAAUCGACUGAAGGCUAGAGGAGCUAGGCAUUCCGAUUAUACUCGGGGAUUAAUUAAAGAAAAGUUGAAUGAAGAUGCAGAUAGUGAGAUAGCAACAACGUCUUUGCGUGUUUCACUUGCCUGCCCUCUUGGCAAAAUGAGAAUGAGUACCCCCUGUCGCUCGUCAACUUGCUCGCACUUACAAUGUUUCGAUGCAUCAUUAUUCUUACAAAUGAAUGAACGUAAACCAACGUGGAAUUGUCCAGUUUGUGACAAACCCGCGCUUUAUGAUCAUCUUGUUAUCGAUGGGUACUUUCAAGAAGUUCUUUUGUCCAAUAAAUUAUUGCCCGACGUUAACGAAAUCCAAUUGUUGCAAGAUGGAUCCUGGGAAAAUCUUGUUUCGAAGAAAGAACGAGAUAAAGAAAAAAGUGAUAAGUCUGAUUCUAAGGCUCGAGCAAAAAUUGAUGUGGAUACAGUGGAUUUGGAUGAAUCAAACCUUGUUGUUUCGACACCAGAAAAGAAGAGCGCUCCAGUAAUUGAUUUGAUUUCAAGUGAUGAAGAGGACGAUGUUGAAAAUGAUUAUAAAACUAGUAGCAAAAAAGGAGCGAACGCUUUACCUAAAAAAAGUCAAUCAAAUCAUGGCGCAAUUAGUAGCACCAGCGAAUCUCCAGAACUUAUGAUUAUUGAUUUAGAGUAGUAUUGGUUUUUUGUAAUGGUAACAUUUUUAUUAAACUUGAUUCUGUGUCUUUAAAUGAAUUGUCACCGACGAUUCAAUAAAAUACUUUUGUGAUUGUGGUUAUUAAAUUACCGAAGUAUACAAAGAA